CCCGGAAUCAUUACCACCUUGAAAGCAUCCCUCCUCACCUCCAUACCCUUGCAUCCCAAUACGUCUGUCGCCAUGAACAACGUCACCAAGACCCUUUCCACCGCCACCUCGACUGCUGCCAAGCUGUCUGGCCCUCUUAUCUAUAAUGCUAAGGUCGCUGCUCAGGUUGCCAAGCAGGUCUACAUUCGCGAGGGUAUGGCUCCUCCAAGCGCUGCUCAACUCGAGGCUGCCAAGAAGGCGACCACAAAGUUCCUCGUGUCUGCCCGUUCCGCCAACACAUGGAAGAACAUCUCCAAGGACCAGUACUUGAAGGCCGGUCUCGUCGCUGCUGAGGCCUAUACCUUCUUCUUGUUCGGCGAGAUCAUUGGACGCAGGAACUUUGUCGGCUAUGAUGUCAAGAGCGCUGAUAACCACGAGGAGCACCACUAAAAAAAAAAGGGUCGACAGGGUGUUUUUCUAGUCGUUAUUUUGUUUCAUCUCUUCUGCCAUUGUAGCAAUAGCAUUCAAAAAUAAAGCGGAAAAAAAAAGAAAAAUAGAACGGACGGGAGUGAGAAAGCAAAGUGUCCGGAUCCCGUAUAUUGUCCAUGGUGUUCAGGAAACCCUUGCUCGCCCUUAUCCCCCCAUCUUGCUCUAUUUUGUCCAUCUUUUUUUAUAUAUAUAUAUCAUCUCAAUCCUUCUCUCCUCUCAAUCUCCUCUCUUCUGCCAUCGAUACAUGCGAAACAGACUGCUCUUGCAGUGGUUUCGCGGAUACAAUAAAUCUGUUUAUUAACACGG